GCGUUCGCCCAAUGGCGGGGCGGGGUGGCGGUCACGUGACUUUAAACCGGGAGCCGUGACGCGGUGGCCGUGUAAAUGCGCGAGCCGCGGCGGCGAGCCCCUCAUUCUGUGCGCGAGCCAUAUUUGCAUUGUUUGCCGAGCCCCAGCGGCGGCGGGAAGCAGGAGCGGCGGCGGCGGGGGCAGCAGCAGGCGCUCAGUCCGUGCCACAAGCUACAGACUCCGCUUCUCAACUCUCUCUCUUUUUGUGUGUGUGUGUGCGUGUGUUACUUCUAAAGCGCGCCUUCGCCGCCGGCAUCAUGUCAGAAAGCAAAGUAGAAAAGAGUGUCGAGCGAUCCCCGAAGGAUCUGAAGAAAACUCAAGAAGUGGAGCCUGAGAAUGGCAAAGGUGACGCACCAGCCAACGGAAAUGCUGAGAAUGAAGAAAAUGGAGAACAAGAAGUUGAAGAGAAUGCAGAUGAGGUAGAAGAUGAAGAAAGCGAAGAUGUUGGUGAAGAUGAUGAAGAGGAAGAGGAUGAAGAAGAUGAGGAGGGUGAUGAAGAUGAAUGUGAGGGUGCUGCAGAGAAACGAGUGGCUGAAGAUGAAGAGGAUGAUGUUGCAAAGAAGAAGCAGAAAACAGAUGAUGAAUAAACUGUACUUUCUUCCACAUUUCCCCUUUUUUUUUUCUUGUUGGAAAAACUUGGUCAUCAUCACUAAGUAGAGUGUACACCAGUGCAAGUCAACAGCAGAAUUUUUAAAUAAAAUUACUAAGACUUCAUUGCCCUACUUCUUUCUUAAAAUCCUAAAGGAGAAUUUGUUUGUAUUUUUAUUUACAUUUUAUAUUUUUGUACAUAUGGUUAGAGGUCAGCCAAUUUAAACAUUGACCUCUGGUGACCAAACAGGGCUUUGAAGGUCUUCUGUAAAACAGACUUUACUGGUGGUUUGACCAUGUCUUGGCCACAUUAUCAUAAAGGUAACCUGUAAAAAAUAAAAACACAAAAUUAAUUUGAUCAUUCCAAUAACUGUGUAUGUACUUUAGCUGUACAAUAAGUAGUUGGUUUGUAUGAGGUGGAAAGGCCAAAGAUCAAGGUUUUUUGUCUGAAAUACUGUCCAUUGUGGCCUGUUGUAUGUGUGAAACAGUUUGUUGUCCAAUAAACCGGAAUUUUAUUUUGCUGA